AUGUACGUCCUCGUCCUCGUCCUCGUCCUCGUCCUCGCCCUCGUCCUCGUCCUUGCCCUCGUCCUCGUCCUCGUCCUCGUCCUCGCCCUCGUCCUCGUCCUUGCCCACGUCCUCGUCCUCGUCCUCGCCCUCGUCCUCGUCCUCGUCCUCGCCCUCGUUCUCGUCUUUCUCGUUCUCGUUCCUACUCUCGUCUCUUCCUUCCUCUUAUUCUUCCUGAUCUUUCUUGUCGCCUUCAUCCUUGUUUUCCUUCUCAUCAUCACUCUGUUGGUCUCUUAUCUUCAGAACGAAUUCUACUCUCUUGCACUCGAUGUUCCCGGGAUUCUCGAGAAACGUCCAGCCGUUCACUAUGGCGACCCUGUUCGCUUCCGCUUCACUGCUCCUCACGGCCUGCUCAUCGAGCAAGAGUUCAUUGGCUUCGUUCACGGCAUGCGAGGGACUGUCCUGCUCCUCUCCGUCCACCGCCUGAUGCUGCCGCUCCUGCUCCAGCCGGCUGAGCGGAUCUUUGCGAGGCCUGGGGAGAACCUUCCGCUACUCGGUCCUGGAGGGAGAAUGACGAGGGAGAACAAGGAGGAGGAGAAGGAGGAAGAGAAAGAGGAGGAGGAGGAGGAGGAGGAGGAGGAGGAGGAGGAGGUGGUGGUGGUGGUGGUGGAGGAGGAGGAGGAGCGAGUGACUUCAGACUGUGGCAUCAGGGAGGACAAGCGGUGGGAGGAAGCUUGUUGGCUGCAUGUGAGGUUCACGUACAACGCUGCUGCCUUCUCCUGGAUGCGAACAGCUCUCCUUCGUGCUUCUAACAGCUCGAUCAUGCCAGUGCUCUUUCCAGAGCAGAAAGGAGAGGAGCAGGAACAGGAGCAGGAGCAGGAGCAGGAGCAGGAACAGGAGCAGGAACAGGAGCAGGAGCAGGAGCAGGCAGGAGCUCUUGGAAGCAUCGGAGACGGCGGAUUCUUCUUUCUGGAUCAGACUCUGAACGAGGAGCAGAAGGAGGCGGCAAGGAGAGUCAUCCUGUCUUCGCUGUCCCCCUCCCCCUCCCGCUGCCGCCAUGCUCUGCUCAUAUUCGGCCCCCCUGGCACGGGCAAGACCAAGUGUGUGGUGGAGGCAGUGCUUGGAAGCAUCGUGCGAGGAGGAGGAAGAGCUCGAAUCCUGUGCUGCGCUCCUUCUGACAGCGCUGCUGACACCCUCGUGCAACGACUCGCUAUGCAGGCGAUGGCGACGCCGAGGAGGAGGGAGGGAGAAAACGGGUUGUCAGGAUGGUACACCCCGUGGUGGGAGGAAGGAGCGGGAGCGGGAGCGGGAGCGGGAGCAGGAGCAGGAGCAGGAGCAGGAGCAGGAGCAGGAGCAGGAGCAGGAGCAGGAGCAGGAGCAGGAGCAGGAGCAGGAGCAGGGGAUUUCCUCCUCUUGGAUGCUCCGUCUCAAUCCACCUCAACGGACUCAAGACGUUGUUCGCACAGAUGUGCUGCGAUACACUGCAGCAGUGGACAGGUCCCCGACCGUUCCUCCCUCAUGUCCUCCUCUGUCUUGGUCGCCACCUGCGCUUCCUGCAAGCUGCUGGACCUCCGCUCGGUCCCUCCCGGUCACUUCAACCUCAUCAUCGUCGACGAGGCUGCGCAGGCGCUCGAGCCCGAGCUCCUCCUUCCUCUGUCGUUCAAGGAGGAGGAGACGUGCGUUGCCCUGGCGGGAGAUUGGCGGCAGCUCGGGCCUGUUGUUCGAAGCUCCUCAGCAAAUCAGCUUGGACUAUCAGUAUCGCUAAUGGAAAGACUUGCAAAUAUGAGAAGUUACAAGGGAUCGAAGAAGAUGAUCAAGCUGAAUCGCAACUAUAGAUCGCACGAGGCUCUUCUGCAAGUUCCAUCUAAACUUUUCUAUGACGAUGACUUGAUCGCUUGCGGUGAUGAAAAGGUCACGCAUUCUUUGCUCGGAGUUUCCAAGAGAAUUUUGCGCGCUGAGAGCAUUGUGGAAGAGAAGGAAGGGCCAAGUAGGAAGGAGGAGGAGGAGGAGGAUAAGGAGGAGGAUAAGGAGGAGGAGGAGGAGGAGGGUUUCAAUUCAGACGCUCCUCUGUUCUUCUAUGGUGUUAUUGGGAAGGAGAUCUGCGAGGACAAUUCACCUUCCUCUUACAACCCGGUUGAAGCGACAGUCAUUGUUUCUCUCAUCGAAAAACUUCUGAGUGCAAAAGAAUUCCAAGUCAACUCCAAUGACAUUGGCGUCAUUGCUCCAUACAGGCUACAAGUUCAGAAGAUUCGAUUGUUGUUGAGAUCGAAAAAUCUUCAUUCGGUCCGAGUUGGUACAGUCGAUGAUUAUCAAGGACAGGAGGAGAAGGUUAUUCUCAUCUCAACAACACUCUCCAACUCUGAGAGAGUCAACGCAGAUCAUGACAAUAGGACGUACGUUGGAUGUGAGAAUCCCCUGGGGUCCGUGGGAGGCGACGGGGAGGAGGAGGAUGAAAAUGCGCUGUUGGCCAUGAUGAGAGAAAAAAUGCUGGGGGCCGGUGUUGUGAUGACAUCCGCUAACCAGAAGAUGGAUGAGUUUUUCAGAGACGAGCAACAGUUUCGAGUUCUUCUGUGA